UAUACGCCUCGCGUGGGUUGCGACCAGCGAGUCUCACCGACGGGCGACGGCGGCACUACUCCGGCUGCGACGGCGCUACUCCGGCUCCGACGGCGCAUCUCCUGCUCCAGUGUCCACUGCAGCCCUGCUCCGUGAGAACCGAGAGGGGAGACCGCGAGAACCACUGCUCCGUGUCUCCGUGACGGCUGCCGGCUGCCGGCUCUCGGCUGACUGCUGCUCGCCUGCUUCACUGGACGGCUGGAGCUGAGUGCUUACUUCUCUACGCUACCGUCGCUACGCCUCUACUGAGUACUGGAUUAUCUGUAGUGUCCCCUGGUUAUAUCUAUUAAACUUUCCCCGGGAGUUGAGUUACCAAGCAAAUGGAUGUUGCUAAUGAAUUGGGUUACAAACCUCCUUCUGAUUUUGUGGAGGAUAAGAGAGAUCCACUUGUUGAACUUAAAGUAACGGAUUCAACUGAGCUCUGGCUCAUCCAAUGGCCCCUAAAUCAUUCUUCAGAUUUUGAUGGGCAAGUGUCACUGAAACUUGAUAAUGAUGGGCAUUUAGGCAGCUUUGAGAGUUCUUCUGGAAAAUCUUAUGAUGUUUUCAAUUUAAAAGCCCAGGAUCCAGUUGGAACGGUAUUUCUAUCUUCUGCAUCAGAGGCAAAAGCUGUUGGAAAGAUUUCGCGCCAUGUUUCUUUUAUUCACUAUCCAGAGCCUAGUGAAUUUCAGAAACACAACAAAAUGAGUUUGAAGGAGAUAGCUCAGAGGUCUUCAACGAUGACAAAGACAAGUUCAGUUUUCCAUCCUUCAAGUGGUACUAAAAGUAGUAAGCAUAAAACUUCACAAUCUACGAGUAUGUAUACUACCAACACUACUCCUAGUAGCCAACAGAAAAGUUCCAAAUCCAAAUUGGGUGAGCCAUCUAAGACUCUGAAGAAAAGAAGCAAGUCCAUGGACCAGGAUUCUGGAAGAGGCAACAGUGCAGUUACCACUUCUGGAUCAGCCGGGCAUUCUCAAGAAAGAAAAGCAAAAAAGUUGAAGGCUAAUUGAAUCUUCAAACUGUUAUAGCUGCUUCCAUUUAUCAGAUCUGUUUCAAUCUUGAUGCACAAUUUUGAGGAAGAUACAGAGAAUCAUACAGAAUAUUAAAAUGAUUCACCGGCUUGUC